UUGAAAGGACCGGUGAACAUCGAUGAAGAGGUGAUCUGCAAUUGCUCGUACGCUGGAUGCGACGUCGAAAUCAGGCGUUUUUUGGGUUCGGACUAUUCGGGCAUGUGUCGAUCGACUAGUGGAAUUUGCUACAAACGUCUUUUACGGGAUCAUUCAGUGUUCCUCAGCUGCCUGAAUCGCGACACAAGUGCCGAUUUGCAAUGCCAUAUCAAGCAACCGAUGAACGAUGGCAGUGAGGGCGUACAGUAUUUCAAAAUCAUCGUGGCUUUUAUCGUUGGUGCUUUGCUUUUAAUUUUCUGCAUAAUGGCAGCUGUUGCUUGGCUUAACAAACCGCUGAAAAAAUGGCUAUUUUACUGGCUCCAUCAUCGUUCAAACGACGAAGAACGCUCACAUAUUGCUGGAAAAGAAAGACUGCUGCCGAACACUGCGGAUGCAUUUGGUCAUUUAAGCGAUUUACUUUGCAGUCUUGAUGAUACGGCUACCACGGGCUCAGGAUCAGGGCUUCCGCUACUUGCACAGCGUACAAUUGCACGACAAAUUGUGCUCCAAAAAGAAAUUGGAAGAGGCCGCUUUGGAGAAGUCUGGCUGGGACAUUGGAAAGGCGACGAAGUGGCGGUAAAAAUAUUCAGCUCACGUAACGAGAGGUCUUGGAAUCGAGAAGUUGAAAUUUUUCAAACGAGCCUCCUCCGCCACCAGAAUCUACUGCGUUUCAUUGCUUCUGAUAACAAAGAUACCGGGACUAGCACGCAGCUCUGGCUGAUCACUGAGUAUCACGAGCAUGGCUCUCUCUACGAUUAUCUGACGGCGUAUGUUGUUGAUGUGCCAGUCAUGUUGCGGAUGAUUCACAAUAUUGCAAGUGGCUUAUCUUUUCUGCACAAUGAAAUUCCAGGUCCACGUGGCAAGCCUGGAAUUGCACAUCGCGAUCUGAAAUCGAAGAACGUUCUGGUAAAAUCGGAUCUGACAUGUGUACUCGCCGAUCUUGGAAUGGCAGUUCGUUAUAUAAAUGGCGAACUUGAUUUACCGGAUAAUAACAAAUGUGGAACUGUUGUAAGUUUUGCUCAUAAUAAACAU